UGAUGUCGUGCCUGCCGUGCAUUGACAGCCUGUGUUGGGAUUGACAGGUUGGGAUCUCGGUCAGCUGAGUUUAUCCCCUCUGUCUCUGUCCGUGUCUUAAGUGUCUCCUGAGACAUGGACGCCACGAUGUUUCAGCUGAGGUCGUUUGUCCAUCAGCGGCUGUACACGGCGGCGGAGGAGAUCCUCGGGGAGGUGGAGAAGACCAUCACGUUAGCUCUGUACGAAGCCGAAGUUAGUCGAUCUAAGGAGGAGGUGGAAAGUCUGCGACACCAGCUGGACCUGCUGCGAAAGAAACCAGCUGAGCCUUCACUGACCUGCAGCACAGUGGAGCAUGGAGGUGAACGUGAUGCCCCAGGACCCUCAACACCAGAAGAGACUAACUUCAACCUGAGCACAGAGGUCCCAGGACCGUCUCAGACCUGCACAGACGUGGAGAAUAACAACUGGACCUACUGCUUAGGUGAAACUGACUUCAAGAUGUCAGAGAUAAAAGAAGAGCAGGACAGUCAAACACAGGAGAUCAUUUGCCCUUCUCCUGAAAUCGUGAAGAGCGAGCAGGAUCAGCCGGAGACGCACGCGUCUUAUGAGAUGCAGCCUGUUUCUUCAGCCCAGAGCGAGGACGAUGAUGAUGAUGAUGAGGAGGAGCUGAAGGAAAGCAAAGGAGAGCAGACCGAAAUGAUGCAACAGAAAGGAAAGAUACUGCAAGGACAAAGCGGCAGCGUCGAUAAGAAGCCAUAUGACAAAUGUUCUGCUAAACACGAAAAAGGUCGCAGCUUUUGCCAUUUGUGCGGAAAGGGGUUCCAGUACAUCGGCUCGUUGAUGAAGCACAUAAAGACACACGAGAACAAGAUAGAUUGCACCGUGUGUGGGAUGACACACCAGUCUACAGAAGAGCUCAUAACUCAUCUGAAAGGUCGCCACAACAAAACCUAUUUUUGUGACGUCUGCGGGAAAACCUUUGCCAAUAACCGCUGCCUCCGGCUGCACGAGAGAAUACACACGGGCGUCAGAGAGUUCAUGUGCCAAGAAUGUGAUAAAACAUUUUAUAGGAGAGAGCAUCUCAUCGUGCACGUGAGGACUCAUUCAGGGGAGAAGCCGUAUCACUGUGAUAUUUGCGGCAAAGCAUUCAGUCAGAGCCAAAACCUUACCAUCCAUAAAAGAAGUCAUUCAGGGGAGAGGCCGUAUCAUUGCGGCCUGUGCGGCAAACUUUUCAACACGAGCAGUCACCUGAAAACACACAUGAGAUACCAUUCAGGAGAGAAGCCGUACCCGUGCGACAUCUGCGGGAAAAGCUUUCGCCAAAGCGGACAGAUGACGAGACACAGGACCACGCACACAGGCGAGAGGCCGUACGCCUGCCACGUCUGUGGCAUGAGAUACAGGUUUGCGCCUAAUCUCAAGGUGCACCUGCAAACUCACGAGAAGCCAGCGGCUGAGUGAAAAUCUCAGAGCUUGUGCACGAAAGGUUUACACGCAUGGCAUAACUUAACCUGUUGGCCAAGUCAUGAGUUUGGCUAUAUGAG